GAGAGGAGGGGAGGCCUCCGCCGCCGCCAUCUUGGACCGGGCCCGUCAGCUUCCGCGGAGCCAUCGGCAGACGCCGCGGCCUCCCUUGAGCCCCGACCCCGUCGUCAGAACAACCCCGGGCCCACUUCCCCCCACCCCACUUCCGCUCCGCGCCGUUAUCGCGAUAGCGCCCGGGCCCGGGGCGCGAGGAAAAAGGCGGCGGGCGCUCGCCUCCCUCGCCUAUCGCGAUACGCUCCUCAGCGGCGGCGCCAGCUCCUGUGCAGCGUCGGUCUCCGGGGGAGUAUGAAGAGAGCGCGCCUAUAGGGCAGGGAAGAUGGCGGACAAGCGCAAACUCCAAGGUGAGAUUGAUCGCUGCCUCAAGAAGGUGUCCGAGGGCGUCGAGCAGUUUGAAGAUAUCUGGCAGAAGCUCCACAAUGCAGCCAACGCGAACCAGAAAGAAAAGUAUGAGGCUGACCUAAAGAAGGAGAUUAAGAAGCUUCAACGGCUGAGGGACCAGAUCAAGACAUGGGUAGCGUCCAACGAGAUCAAGGACAAGAGGCAGCUCAUAGACAACCGCAAGCUCAUCGAGACGCAAAUGGAGCGGUUCAAAGUCGUGGAGCGAGAGACCAAGACCAAAGCCUACAGCAAGGAGGGCCUGGGCCUGGCGCAGAAGGUGGACCCCGCCCAGAAGGAGAAGGAGGAGGUUGGCCAGUGGCUCACGAACACCAUCGACACCCUGAACAUGCAGGUGGACCAGUUUGAGAGCGAAGUGGAGUCCCUGUCGGUGCAGACGCGCAAGAAGAAGGGCGACAAGGAUCAGAAGCAGGACCGGAUCGAGGGCCUGAAGCGGCACAUCGAGAAGCACCGCUACCACGUGCGCAUGCUGGAGACCAUCCUGCGCAUGCUGGACAACGACUCCAUCCUGGUGGACGCCAUCCGCAAGAUCAAGGACGACGUGGAGUACUACGUCGACUCCUCCCAGGACCCCGACUUCGAGGAGAACGAGUUCCUCUACGACGACCUGGACCUCGAGGACAUUCCACAGGCGCUGGUCGCCACCUCCCCCCCCAGCCACAGCCACAUGGAGGACGAGAUCUUCAACCAGUCCAGCAGCACGCCCACCUCCACCACCUCCAGCUCGCCCAUCCCGCCCAGCCCGGCCAACUGCACCACGGAAAACUCGGAAGAUGACAAGAAGAGGGGGCGCUCCACAGACAGUGAAGUCAGCCAGUCUCCAGCCAAAAACGGCUCCAAGCCGGUCCACAGCAGCCAGCACCCUCAGUCCCCCGCCGUGCCGCCCAGCUACCCGCCCGGCCCCCCGCCCGCCGCCUCGGCUCUGAGCACCGCCCCCGGCAACAACGGGGCCCCCGCCCCGGCAGCACCUCCCAGUGCGCUGGGCCCCAAGGCCAGCCCGGCCCCGAGCCACAGCGCGGGCACCCCCGCCCCCUACGCCCAGGCCGUGGCCCCCCCGGCCCCCAGCGGGCCCAGCGCCGCCCAGCCCCGGCCCCCCAGCGCCCAGCCCGGCGGGGGCGGCGGGGGCGGCAGCAGCAGUAACAGCAGCAGCAGCGGCGGUGCCGGCAAGCAGAACGGGGCCACCAGCUACAGCUCCGUCGUGGCGGACAGCCCGGCCGAGGUGGCGCUGGGCAGCAGCGGGGGCAGCAGCGCCGGCAGCCAGGCUCUGGCCCCCUCUGGCCCCCACAACCCCCCUUCCAGCACCUCGAAAGAAUCCAGUGCAGCUGCCCCCGCCGGCGCUGGGGGCGUGGCCCCAGGCUCAGGGAACAACGCCGGGGGACCCAGCCUCCUGGUGCCACUGCCCGUGAACCCUCCCAGCUCCCCGACGCCCAGCUUCAGCGAUGCCAAGGCAGCCGGCGCCCUGCUCAACGGACCCCCGCAGUUCAGCGCCACCCCGGAGAUCAAGGCCCCCGAGCCCCUGAGCUCCCUGAAGUCCAUGGCAGAACGGGCAGCUCUCGGCUCCGCCAUCGAGGACCCCGUGCCCACGCUGCACCUGACGGAGCGAGACAUCAUCCUGAGCAGCACGGCCGCGCCCCCCGCCUCGGCCCAGCCGCCCCUGCAGCUGUCGGAGGUGAACAUCCCGCUGUCCCUGGGCGUGUGCCCCCUGGGGCCCGUGCCCCUCACCAAGGAGCAGCUCUACCAGCAGGCCAUGGAGGAGGCCGCCUGGCACCACAUGCCCCACCCCUCCGACUCGGAGCGCAUCAGGUGAGGGGCUGCCGGGAGGGGACCUGGUCCCC